GCGGCUUGGGCCGGGAGCGGGAGCGGGCGCGAGCCCCCGAGCCUCCGGAGCGCACCAUGGAGACGGUGGGGCCCGGCCGCAGCAGCUUCCAGCCGCACCCGGGGCUGCAAAAGACCCUGGAGCAGUUCCACCUGAGCUCCAUGAGCUCCCUGGGCGGCCCGGCCGCCUUCUCGGCGCGCUGGGCGCAGGAGAUGUACAAGAAGGAGAGCGCUAAGGAGCCCGGCGUCGCGGCCCCGGGCUCGGAGCAGCAACCCCCGCAGCCGCCGCAGCCCCCGCAGCCGCUGCAGCCGCAGCAACAGCAGCCCCCGCCGCCGCCCCCCGUGCUGCACCUGCCCCCCAUCCAGCCGCCGCCGCCCGUCAUGCCGGGCCCCUUCUUCAUGCCCUCGGACCGCUCCACCGAGCGCUGCGAGACCAUCCUGGAGGGCGAGACCAUCUCGUGCUUCGUGGUGGGCGGCGAGAAGCGCCUGUGCCUGCCGCAGAUCCUCAACUCGGUGCUGCGGGACUUCACGCUGCAGCAGAUCAACUCGGUGUGCGACGAGCUGCACAUCUACUGCUCGCGCUGCACCGCCGACCAGCUGGAGAUCCUCAAAGUCAUGGGCAUCCUGCCCUUCUCGGCGCCCUCGUGCGGGCUCAUCACCAAGACGGACGCCGAGCGCCUCUGCAACGCCCUGCUCUACGGCGGCGCCUACCCGCCGCACUGCAAGAAGGAGUUCGCCAGCGCCCUGGAGCUCGAGCUCACCGAGAAGAGCUUCAGGGUGUACCACGAGUGCUUCGGCAAGUGCAAGGGGCUGCUCGUGCCCGAGCUCUACGUGAACCCCAGCGCCGCCUGCAUCCAGUGCCUGGACUGCCGCCUCAUGUACCCCCCGCACAAGUUCGUGGUGCACUCGCACAAGGCCCUGGAGAACAGGACGUGCCACUGGGGCUUCGACUCGGCCAACUGGAGGGCCUAUAUCCUCCUGAGCCAGGAUUACACUGGCAAAGAGGAGAAAGCCAGGCUGGGUCAGUGCUUGGACGACGUGAAAGAGAAGUUCGACUAUGGCAACAAAUACAAGAGGAAAGCACCCAGGGUCCCUUCUGAACCCCCUACAGUCAUCAAGCCCAAAACAGAUGAUUUCUCUACACAAUCCCCUCCUUCUUCGGAGAAGGACAAGCAGUCCAGCUGGUUACGGUUGGCCGGCUCAUCCAAUAAGAGCCUCGGCUGCAUGCAUCCCCGGCAGCGCCUGUCAGCUUUCCGGCCUUGGUCCCCCGCUGUUUCUUCCAACGAGAAAGAUCUUUCCACACACCUUCCUGCACUGAUCCGAGACAGCAGCCCCCGGCUCAUGCUCUCUCCACCUUUCUGCAGUUUUUAUUCUUACAAGAGUUUCGAGAAUGCUGUGGCUCCCAAUGUGGCAUUAGCCCCCCCCACUCAGCAGAAGAUUGUGAGCAGCCCCCCCUGCACCACCAUUGUGUCCCGGGCCCCCGAGCCCAUCACCAGCUCCCUGCAGCCCCGGAAAAGGAAGCUGCCCAUGGAGACCCCCGGCGUGCCCGACCCCAUGGUCCCGGCCGCCGGCCCCGAGGACGAGAAGGAUUCCGAGGCAGACGUGGAGGUGGAGAGCAGAGAGGAAUUCACUUCCUCCUUGUCGUCGCUCUCGUCUCCAUCCUUCACCUCGUCCAGCUCGGCCAAGGACAUGAGCUCCCCGGGCAUGCAGGCCCCCGGCGCCGGCGCGGUCAGCGCUUCCUUCGAGGCCGCGGCCCACGCCGAGGCUCACAGUAACGGGCUGGAGGCUGAGCUGGAGCACCUGAGGCAGGCCCUGGAGAGCGGUCUGGACACCAAGGAAGCCAAAGAAAAAUUCCUUCAUGAAGUCGUGAAAAUGAGAGUGAAACAGGAGGAGAAGCUGAAUGCGGCCUUGCAGGCCAAGCGCAGCCUGCACCAGGAGCUGGAGUUCCUGAGAGUGGCCAAAAAGGAGAAACUUCGAGAGGCAACCGAGGCAAAGCGCAACCUGAGAAAGGAGAUCGAGCGCCUGCGGGCUGAGAACGAGAAGAAGAUGAAAGAGGCGAACGAGAGCCGCCUGCGCCUCAAGCGGGAGCUGGAGCAAGCUCGGCAGAUCCGCGUGUGCGACAAGGGCUGCGAGGCCGGGCGCCUGCGGGCCAAGUACUCGGCCCAGAUCGAGGACCUGCAGGUGAAGCUUCAGCACGCCGAGGCUGACAGGGAGCAGCUCCGGGCUGAUCUCCUGCGGGAGCGGGAGGCCCGGGAACAUUUGGAGAAGGUGGUGAAGGAGCUUCAGGAACAGCUGUGGCCCAAACCCAGCCCUCAGGCCGGCGGGGGACACAGGAGCGAGCUGGACAACGAGCUGCCCCAUGAGCCUCGGGCCUGACACCGCUCCCUCCACCGUGGACGGGGAGCACGGGCCCGAUCCCGCACCGGGAGGCGGACUUGGCGACCAGCUCCGCGCCCCUGCCCGUCCGUAUAGCACAACAUCUUCCUGUGCCUCGAACACACCGAGUGUUGAUGAACUGCCCUUUUGGAGACGUUUUCUACUGGCCGGCGAGCCGAUGGGGCUCCCCCGUUGCCCCCGCUUGCCGAACACUUUGAAAUGCAAACUUUUGUUAUAAGCUAUUUAAGACAAUGACAGAGACUCGAAAGUCCAAGAGAUGAACAAGUUUUUUAUAAGUAACUUUUCAAAGCCCACAGACACUUGGUGAUGCACAAUUUGGACGAGUGGUUCCGGCCUGGCCCUGCCCGCCGGCCAGCCCGGCGCCCUCGCGCUUUGACCUUUAUGUGGUUUGAUUGGGAGAUUUGAGUGAGUUUUUGUUUUUGUUUUUGUUUUUUAAGUCUUUAUUUUUAAGUGAUAAGUACCCAGUUUUCCAGCGCUGGAAGAAGAGUGUGUGGGAGAGAGAGAUGAACUGCAAAGAUGCCCGCCUUAUGGAAGAUGGAGGUCGCGGCUCCUGCGUCCUCGGCCCGAGUCCGCAGACAGCCACGGCCGCUCUGCUCAGAGAUGGCCCCUGGAGGAGGGGGAGCCCGCCCAGCCUCUGAGGACAGUCACUUCUUUUUUUUUUCUUUCUUUUUCUUUUCUUUUCUUUUUUUUUUACUGGAUCGCCCUCCUUUGUUACAUCCCCCUUCCUCAUAAAGGACAGUAUUUAUCUCCCCGUCGUUCAGGUUGUCCCUGCGCACGUCCUCCGAGCGUCCGGCGUUCCCUUCGCUGCUGUGAAUGAUCCGUGGCCAUGCCUUUCAGAGUAACCAAGGGGGCUGCUUUAAUUCUGGGGUCCGCUGAGACCCCCACCCCUGCACCGGAACAAAACGCAGCAUUACAUCAUCGCUUUGUCUUGGGGCUGUGUUCUGUCUGUCUGUUUGAACUCAUCCUUAGACUGCACUUUGUUGAAAUCUCCCUGUGUCUUUUUCUUCCCGCUUACCAAUCAACUUGAGUUAAGAGGUUUUUACUUUUAAAAUAUAUCCUACCGAUGUUCUCAAACAGAUCCUACCCUAGCACUCAAGUGCUUAGAAAUUUCCCUUUGGUGCUUGGUUGAACAAGGGACACAUAAGAAAACACGAUUAUUGACGCAGAACCUGCAUCCCGGGGGUCGCUGUGUGCCUUCCUGCGUCUCGUACGCUCAACACCGACUUGUGACUCCCCCCCUUUCCGAACCCCCAAAUACCUGUCGACAGUAUAGAGAAUUCGAAUCGACCAGUAUCAAAAGAACUUAGUGCUUGCUCAGAAGCAUUUAUUCCAGAAAAUCUCAUUUGCUUUCAACUGUUUGUGCAAAUUUAUAGGUUUGUUCUACCCGAGCUGGAAAGUGAUUUUCCAGGAGACAGGAGGCGACUUCCCAUCCUAAAAUUAUAGUAUUUAUUUACCUAAGAAAUAAGAUUUUACAGGAAUUCUAUGCUUGAACCCAUUCUAACCGCCAUGGUGACUGUAAGCAUUAACAGGAGGUUAAUGUGUUAGGUGCAAAAAAAAAAAAUUAUCGCUAGAGCUCGGGGAAGCAACAGCUACAAAUGGCGAAACCCACAGAAAUUAGGCAGAAAAGAGCAUUGGCAGGUUCCCCCCCCCAAUUCUCUGAUGUUGGGGAUGCUAAUCCUGUUAAUGUGGCCCCUUCUCACGUGCAAUGCAAAAGGAACAUUGUUGAUACAGCAUUUUAUGUGGGAUCGUUUUUUUGGGGGGGAUUGAUUUUUUUUUGUUUUGGGUUUUUUUUUUUUUUUUUGCUUCUUUGUAUGUUUUUCUUUUACAGUUAUUAAAAAUUCAUAUGCAUGGAAUUUUAAAAUCUCUGCCAUAUGUAUAUUCAUUAAUGGGCAUUAUUACUGAUUUGUGUAAAGGGUUUAUUUUGUUAUGCAAUAUGCAGAAUACUGUUUCAGGCUUAGGUGUUUCCAGAUCUGUACUUUUUCAGCUAUUUCUUGAAGGGAAAGUAGUGAUUGAGUUUUAGCAGCGCUUUUAGGUGUGUUCGCGUAUCUGUGUUGCUGUGCUAGGUUGCCAAGUCGAGAAAUUACACAGAGAACAAAAGGCUUUCCCGUGGGCCCGAAGCCGAUGUGCUCAGGGAGGGAGGCUGGGGCCUUGGCUCGGCGUUCUAGACUCAGGUGCGAGCAGGUGAUCCUCCUUACCCGGCAGUGGAUUCACUUCCAGGUGAGAAUGAGCCUCGCCUCAUUGGGGGGGGGGAACUAGAUCUCCCCAACAUCUCCCCCCUUCAUUUUCUGCCAGAAAGUGCAUGUUCCCGCCCCCUCCAUCCCAACCCCUAAUUUACCCCAGCCUUGUUUUUCAGAAAAAAAAAGGAAAAUCAGUGAGAUCUGAACAUUUUGCAGUAACUUGUCCCAAAGAGAAUGGGGUUAGAUCACACCCCCCCGACGAUCCUGACAGUAUUGAGUUACUCGACAUCAGAUUUUGUUGAAGGCCAAAUUUUCCCCUUGAGAACGUUCACGCUAAUUCUGCUGGGUAUAGGCUGCCCACGAAAUGCAGCUGCGCUGGUUUCCUGAUGAUCAGUUCAUACCAGAGCUAGGAAACGUUGAUUUUUUCCCCUCUUCCCUUUCCCCCCCAUGUUGGCGUAGGCAGCCCCAUGCAAAACCUUUUCAAAUUCAAGUUGUUGAUGAAUGGAAUUCAGUCUUAUUUCACAGAUGAUACAGAAUGAUGUGAACAAACUAUGGGAACAAAUUCUCCUCACCAGCAGCUCGUUGUUAGGUUGUUUUUCGGUCAAUUGACGUCGCUUCGGUUUUUUUUCCCCCUCAGCGUGCACAACCCCAAAAUGGGGGGGCUUGUGAUCGGACCCCACCCUCCCCACCUUCGUUACUUUGUUUGAUAAUAGUAGAAUCACUUGGAACUGACUCGCAUGUGUUUGGGCACGAGCCGCUCACAACCCCAAAUGAGAAGGCUCUUUUCCAGGUUUUGUAGCUGCUUAAAAAUACAUGUUUCUAAUCCUAGGCCUUGUAGGAGCAGCUAACUCCUGCUUCCAUGGCAGCCUUGGAGGAAGAGGAGGAGGAGGAAGAGGGAAAGGGAAGAGGGAGGAAGAGGAGGAGGGAAUUGGCUCCCUGUGUGAUUUCUGUGUAUGAAGCAUUUUUCUACUGCAGCAGAAACGAGGUCCUUUAGAGACAGAACUGCUCGUGGUUUUACCCCAUUAUUGCAGCUGCAGCUUACUUUUUCUUUAAGAAGAAGGGAGAAGAGGUGUCUUGUAGGCUGUUGACUCUCCCUAUACUUAAAUAUAUUACCUAGAUAAUUGUAUAUUCAGUUUAAUUACUCAUUGUUUCUAUACUGAAAGAAGACUUAACGAAGGGAAAAAAACCAACAGCAAUAACAUUCAUAUCUAUGGAGCAGCUAACUAGUACACAUAAUAUUCUGCUUUUCAUACAAAACUAGCCAAUAUGUAAAAAAACAAAAAACAAAAAACAAAAAAAAAAUUCAACAUGUAAAUACUUUUUUUUUUCAUUUUACACUGUUGUAUUAUAAGUGUAUAUGGUGGUUACUUUUUUCAGAAACUUUCUUACUUGAUAGUUGUCUUGUUUUCUGAGUUGUGUUUUUAACAAAGAAAAAGAAUUCUUUGCUUGUCUGUUGGGGGGGGGAGUUGGAAAACACUUUUGGCAAGUUUUCAGUGUGGGUUAACAUUUUCCAUCUUAUGUUUUGGGUCCUUAUUUUCAUGGUAAAAUAUUUUAUUAUUAAAGGUUAAAUUCUCUUCUCCCCCCCCCCAAAAAAAAAGUCCACAUGUUUUUGAGGGAGGUAUUUUUGUUUGUCAGAAGUCAUAAAUGACAUUUUUUUUCAAUUGAGGAAAAAAAAAUCUACAUUUAUAAUAGCCAAGAGCAUUUCAGCACAUUUCUGUUCUCCUGUUUUCUCCUAUGCUGCUGCUAAUGACAAUAUUAUGACUUACUCUACUAUUCGAGAACUAUUUUUAUGUAAUUAAUGUAUGCUUUCUUGUUUAUAAAUGCCUGAUUUUAAAAAAAAAGAAAAAAAAAGAAGAAAAAAGCUUGGCAUAUUUAUCUAUCUCGCUGUGUACCUUGUUGGUCCUUUCCCCCCUCCCCCUUGAAACAGAUAAUAUUGUAAAAUAAAUGCCUCUAUGAGAAUAUGUAUGAAAAUAGCUCUGCUUAUAUACCAGUGACUGAAUGUACAGUGUAUAGACGCAUUACCUAAAAUAAACAAAAGUGUUUGGUUCAACUAUUUCCACAUUAUAGAA